GAUUUGUCAUCCUUUCCUAGCACAGCCUCUACGUCACAGGAAGACCAUGAAAGCAAUUCAGGAUCCACUUCCUCCAGGAAAUUGAGAGUUACUCUGUUAAGCAGUGAAUGGAGAUCAACAAAAGGCGGCUUGUCAACCAUCAACCGAGAGCUGGCCAUUCAGUUGGCAAAACACCCCAGAGUGGAGGUCAGUGUUUAUCUUCCUCAGUGUAGUGAAGAGGAUAAACGAGUUGCUGCAAGUCACAGUGUUACUCUCAUUGAAGCAGAAGAAAUGCCAGGUUUAGAACCCGAUCUAUGGUUGUCUUGUCUGCCAGAAAACCGUGCUGUGGACUGUGUGAUAGGACAUGGGGCUGUUCUUGGUCGGCAAGUGCAAAUUCUGAAACGAAUUCAUCCUUGCAAGUGGAUUCAGGUCGUUCAUACUGCUCCUGAAGAGCUUGGUAUGUACAAGUCCUACGCAGAUGCCAUUUCAAGAGGCGAGAAAAAGCACGAGGCUGAGGUAAAACUGUGUGAAAAAGCUGAUCAAGUCGUAGCAGUUGGACCCAAGCUGGCUGAAGCUUUCUCAGGUUAUCUCCGUGCCUGUGGAAAGGAUCAAGACGUUCUCAAUCUUACCCCAGGUAUCUUCUCAGAAUUUCUGAUGUAAAGCAAGCCACUGAAGAGAGAAAAACUUUUAGUGUUUUAGUGUUUGGACGUGGUGACAAUGAAGACUUUCAGCUGAAAGGAUAUGAUAUUGCUGCUCGCGCUAUUGCUGAGUUGAAAGACGAGCCACAAACCUAUAAGCUCUUGUUUGUUGGAGCUCCAAGUGGCGAAGAGGAGAAAGUAAAAGAUUUGUUACUCCAGCAAGGCAUUGAUCGCAGUCAACUAACUGUACGUUGUUUUAAUGAAAGCAGAGAGCAGUUAGCCCGAUUGUUUCGUGAAGUUGAUCUUGCUAUAGUGGCAUCCCGAACUGAGGGCUUUGGUCUAGCCGCCCUUGAGGCUUUAUCUGCUGGUCUGCCUGUGCUGGUCAGUGGGAACUCUGGUCUUGGCGAGGCCUUACAGGAAGUUCCGAUUGGUUCACAUUGUGUGGUGGAAUCAGAAGAUCCUAAAGAUUGGGCCAAUGCAAUCAAAGCUGUUCGGAAGAAAAAAAGGAAGCCGCGACUGGGAGAGGCCAAGCUUCUUCAAGGAGAGUAUGCCAAGAUAUACAGCUGGCAGGAUCACUGUAAUAGACUUGUGGAACGAAUGCUUGCCAUUUCUCAAGGUAAC